GUACCCAUGUAUUGCAUUUGUGAUGAAGUGCUUAUUUUGUUUAGCGAAACAAAUACCUUUGCAAUAACAGACUCGUGAUCAUGUAAUUUAUUUAUAUUCUCUGUUCUCAAAUGCUGCCAUUUGUACUUGCCAUUCCCGUUAUAAUCCCAUGAGGGAUUGGCCAGUACGUGAAAUAAAUAAAUAAAUAAAUAAAUAAAUAAAUAAAUAAAUAAAUAAAUAAAUAAAUCUCGCCAAGUGGUAAGAUUCUUGGCCUAUCCUCCGUAGUGGGUACGACCCAUUCACAGGGGGCCAAAAUCGACCCCGCCGAGCAACCAUGUAAAAAAGCAAAGGCGACAGCAGCAACGCGCGAGGAACGAUGUUUUCUCGGGGAAGCAACAAGGCGUACGCCGACAUCUCCUCCGAGGAGUCGUCGAGCGCCGAGGGAAACCCGCCGUCCGCCGCCGCCGCCGUCCCGAAGCCUCCUCCUCCUCCUCCGACGUCGUCGACGAAGCCGCUCGCGCUCCGCGCCAUCUGCCGCUUCCACGGCUUCCUCAGCUCGCGGCUGUACGCGGACACCGUCCUGGGCCGGUCCGUCGCCGAGCUGGAGGGCGUGUGCAACAUCAGGCGAGAGUUCAUGCUCUACGUCCUGCUCGCGGUGCUGCUCCUGUCGUUCCUGAUCGGCGCGUUCGGCCGCCACGCGAGCAACCUGGUGUGCGUCCCGUACCCGGCCGUCGUGUCCGUCAUCUCCGUGGACAGCAACGUGCGCCAGCGCUACGUCAAGUGGAUCACCUACUGGAUGGUCUUCGGCCUCGUCAACCUCGGCGACGCGCUGUGCCCGCUGGUGAGCCGCGUGGUGCCCCAGUACCAACUGUGGCGAACGCUGUUCCUCGCCUGGUGCUUCUGCCCGUACAAGUGGAACGGCUGCAAGCUGAUUCGGGAGCGCCUCUACACCGGCAAGAACCUGAGGAUCGCGAGAGUCGUGGCUUACGUGUUCUACGAAGGGGCCCGCGUGGUGACGGCUCAGUGACCGCAUCUGCGAAAUGUGCAGCCAGGUUUAAAGCUAGCCUAUGGUUUACAAAGAAGACAUCA